AGUCCGACAUUGUUUUGGCGAACGAACACACCGACUCAAUGUUAGUUUUAGUGACUUCCGAUUGGCGUAACCGGGCGUCAUUAGCUCCUGCGUGUAUUACGAUCUUAGCGUACUUACGCUUAUCCUUAGACAGGAGCUUAAGAUAAGACUCAAUGUCGCCCGCUCUGGCCCCAGGCAAACACUUAACUAUGACCGCUGGAUUCUCUAACUUCACGUUUCGGACUAUGGAGUCACCGAUGAUCAGAGAGGAAAAGGGGGAAGCCAUAGCAGGAAAUUUCACUCGACCUCAGGUUCGUGAUGCGAGGCCCAUCAGUGCUGGGAAACUGUUCUCCAGUAAGAAGUGCCUGGCCUGGUUUCACAAGUAUGCUGGCCCUGACGCGCUGGUCGGUCCAGAAGCCAUGGAGAAGUUCUGUGAAGACAUUGGAGUGGAGCCAGAGAACAUCAUCAUGUUAGUCUUAGCCUGGCACCUUAAAGCUGCCAAUAUGGGUUUCUUCACCAAAGAGGAGUGGCUCAGGGGAAUGACCAUACUACAGUGUGACUGCACAGAGAGGUUACAGAGCAAACUGGAUUACAUGUGCAGUGAGCUCAGCGACGCUGCCAUCUUCAAAAACAUCUACAGAUAUGCCUUCGACUUCGCCAGAGAUAAGGACCAGAGGAGUUUGGACAUGGACACGGCUAAAUCAAUGCUGGCCUUGCUGCUGGGCAGAACGUGGCCUCUCUUCCCAGUGUUUCAUGAGUUUCUGGAGCAGUCCAAGUACAAGGGCAUAAACAAGGACCAGUGGUAUAAUGUUUUGGAGUUCAGCAGGACCAUCAACACAGACCUCAGUAACUAUGAUGAAGAUGGAGCCUGGCCAGUGCUGCUGGACGAGUUUGUGGAGUGGCGGAAAGCUUGGUCAGCAUCGUAGCAGAUGUCAUUAAGCCAAAAAUGAGAAACACAGGAGUCGCCUGUUUAUCACUCAAGCAAAAAGAAAACUGUGAUUUAAGACCACGUCAACCAACACAAACUACGACAUCAGGGCCGUUGUGGUGUCGCAUCUCAUCAGAUCGCUGGCCUUUCGCGCACUAAUUAGACGUUUUAUAGUGUUAAUUCAGAGAACGGAUCACAAACCAAGUGGAGGACUGAAAGAAGAGCUCUGGACUUGUUUUCUUGAUACAGCAAUUAUUUUUGUUCUCAUUUUGUGUCUUGUUUAUAGAUGUUUUCACAUAAAUAAAACCAAACUGGAAACAUAAGAA